CCGCACACGCUCUCUCUCCUCCGCGCCCCCGUCGCUGUCGCUGCCGCACAUGGCUGCGCGACUGCGUUACGCCUCGAAUCCACGGUAACCACUUUUCCAGCCAAGUCACAUCUUUUGCUAACGCGAACCCCGCCAACGUCAAGAUGGCGCGCCACAAGAAGCGGAAUACCAACAAUACCAACAAUGCCAACGCCAGUAAUACCGGCCGCACGCGCGCGCCUGGAGUGACGGGCUCAAACGCUCCUUCUACACAACAGCAACAAUCGCAACAAUCGCAACAAUCACAACAACAGCAACAACCACAACAACCACAGCGACAACGUGCAGCGAAUGCGCCGCCGCGUGAGAACGAACAGGCGCGCUCAGGCAGCUUUGUCGGGCAGGCACUACUGGACGCGCUGGAGGGCAUUGAUGCCGACCGCAGCACGUCGGGCGCAGCGACGCCAGCGCAAGAGCUUGCGCGCGAGGCCACGCCUGCGCCUGUGCCUGAGAAAGCCGAAACGACGCAGCCCCAGUACGCGACACCGGCGAUGCAGCAGCAGUUCCCCGAGCAGAUGCCCGCUGCGCCUGCGCAUAAUGGAUAUGGAUAUGGGUUCGAUUUCAAUGCCGCGAAUACGUGGAUGGCGGCUGCUAGCGCGGCGGCCUGGCCGCAGAUGUUUGGCGGUGGCAUGGAUGCUAAUGCGCAGCAAGGCGGGUUUUACAAUCAGCAGUUUGGGCAGGUUCAAGACGGUGCUUGGGGUCAGUAUCAGCAGCAGACUGCGCCUUACGGUCUGGGCUAUGGAAUCGGAAACGCAUGGUCAGCGAUUGGCAACACGCAGGCAUUCGCGCCGGUCACUUCUUCCACAAUGGCCCCGAUCCGAGGAUACGCUACGAGAGCCGCAACGAGAGCCGCAGGACGGGGGGCCGGUCUCCCGACACCCGACCACAUCGCGACGACGACAAGCGAGAGCGAAGAGGGGGGGGUCCGGUUCAAUCACUGGAUGGGACGAGGAAGUAGAAGGGCAAAGGCAAAGGCGAAGUCGCCCAUGCGCGACUUCCCGCCCAAAGGGUCAUUCGCCAAGUUCCCCCCGCCGCCCAAGCCCGACCCGUCGCCGCAGUACCUCGAGCAAGUGGCGAGCGCGCCGUCGCUGCGCACGACGCCGGAGCGGCUGCUGGUUGUCAUCGACCUGAACGGCACGCUGGUGCACCGGCCAAACCGCAAGGACUCGUCGAAAGUGGUGUGCCGACCGUACGCGAAAGCGUUCCUGCGCUACCUGCUCGCCAACCACCGAGUGAUGGCGUGGUCGUCGGCGCGGCCGGAGAACGUAGCCAAGAUGUGCGCGCAGCUGUUCACGCGCGAGCAGCGCUCGCAGCUCGCAGCCGAAUGGGGCCGCGACCGGCUGGGCCUGACGCCGGCGCAGUACAACGAAAAAGUGCAGGUGUACAAGCGGCUGGAGCAGGUGUGGGGCGCGGCGGCGCAGUUUGCCUGGCAUGACAACCACGCCGCCGGCGAGCGCUACGCGCAGCAUAACACGCUGCUGCUCGACGACAGCGCGCUCAAGGCCGCGAGCGAGCCGUUCAACCUGGUCCAAGUCGAGGAGUUUGAGGCCAAGCCGCACCAGAUGCUCGUCGAUGUGCUGGCUGAGGUGAAGGGGUUCUUGGAGGAGGCGAAGUGGCAAAAGGAUGUCUCGGCUUGGAUUCAUGCCGGCAAUGGGUUUGUGGUGGGUCGUUGGAAGGGGGAGUGGGAUAGGGGCGAGAGCGAUGGCGUUAGUCCUGAAAGGAGGAGGGCGGCGGAGUUGGCGCUUAGGAGGGAGGAGGAGUAUGAAGCGGCGGUGAGGGAUGCGAAGGCGAAGGGCGCUGCUUGAGCUUGUGUUCUUGCGUUCUGGUGCUCGCUACGAGCUGCGUGCUGCUUGCUUGCGUUAGGAUGCUUGCUCUGCUUUGCUUGCUUGCGCACUUGCUUGCUUGCUCACUGGCUCUCCUCGCAAAACCUCGAAUCGGAACAGAACAGAACAGAACAGAACAGAACAAACAACAACGAGACACAACAAUGGAAGACCGACAUACAGUAGAGUAGAAAAAGAACCAAUGGGGAAUCACAUACCUACCCAUCUACCUACCCUACCACAUAAAGACACAGACACGCACAGACACAGACAGGCAGGCAGGCGCAAUGCAGCACACCAUACCAAGCGAAG